AGGGACAAAGUGGAAAGCAUGAGGCAGCAGAUGGGGAGGGGACAGGGGACACCCUGAGUGUGAUGCUCGGAGGGUCAGGGCUGUCCGUAGGGAUGCUCCUCAAGGUUCACUGCCGGGAUAACGCCCCGUCAGUGCUGCCCAACCUCUUUUCCAGGCGAGGAAAUAUUUAACCACGGCGUCAGCGGGCAGGGCAGGCAGGGGCAGGAAUGGAGGGUGACAGGCAGCGCCCAGCCCCUGCUGCUCCCCUGACAGACCACCUACAGCUCCUGCUGCACCGCAGCCGGGAGGCCAAGAACUGCGCCUACUGCCCCUACAGCCGGUUCCCGGUGGGCGCUGCGCUGCUCACAGCCAGUGGGGAGAUCUUCACCGGGUGCAACGUGGAGAAUGCCUGCUACAGCCUCGGGGUGUGCGCUGAGCGCACUGCCAUCCUGAAAGCCAUCUCCGAGGGGCACACCAGCUUCAGGGCCAUGGCCAUUGCCAGUGACGUGUGCGACACCUUCAUCGUACCCUGUGGUGCCUGCAGACAAAUGAUGAGAGAGGUGACAGCGCACGCGGGGCUCCCGUGUCUCAUCCCCUGACCCCAGGAAUCUCCCCUAAACCACCCCGAGUUCGGCACAGAUUGGGAUGUCUACCUGACCAAAGCAGAUGGCAGCUACAUUGUCAAGAGGCUGGAGGAGCUGCUGCCUCUCUCCUUCGGCCCCGAGGACCUGAAGAAGGUGUGAGCAGCAUGGCUGCAGCAGCCGUGGCUCUUUGGCAGCAGGGGAGGAUGGUUUUCCCCCAAUUGCCUGGUGUGUAAGCAGAUUUUUGGGGACAAUGUGAUGGGAAAUGCAUUUAUAGUGUUAAAUUAACCAUUCCUAUUGUCAUCUUCUGAUUCAGCACUGAACAAAUGAAAUCAAACUGUAGAAAUGCCAUAUUAUUAGGAAAGAAAAGUGUUCAGGUACUGCUGCAGGCGAGGAGGUAGUUCACAGACAGAGUUUGAUGCACAGCUCAGGCUUGGGCUUGUUGGUACAGAAACCACUCCUAAACUGUGCAAAGUCAUUGUAGAGGAAAAAAGCUGAAUGUUUCAGCUCCAAAGGAGAAGUGAAAGCAAAAAGGAAAGGCUCCAUCAACCCCAGCAGUUAUUAGUAAGCCAGUUCAGAUUAGGUGACAUGCUGGAACUGGUUAUCACACUGAGUGUGUCCUUUGCUCGCUUCUCUCCAGCUUGUUUUCUUUGCCUUUAUUCAGUUUGUGGGAAUGAAGGGGGAAGGGAAGUUCUGAGGGCUUUGGGAGGGUUUUCCAUCUCCAGAGUAAUGCUGCUUUCUGAUUGUACUAUUAACUGAAUCAUGCACAAUGACAAAUGAAUGUGUGACAACUCCCAGCUAGCACGCUGCCCAUGCCCAAGUGAAAUAAAAGCAAUCCUGGUUUAUC